UGACGGCACCACACCUCACCUCGAUGCAACGGCGUCGUUUUCCCAUUUCCUCUUCCAUUCCUCUGCAACCCCUAAAAAAUCCUCCUCGAUCCCCUCUUCUCCAAUUUUCAACAAGUCCCCAGCUUCCCAUUCCCUCCCUCUUCAAUGGCCUCUGAAGAAAUGGGCCUUUUCUCGGCCCAACGUCUCGACAACGGGCUCAGCCCACACCCCCAGCUGGUGUUCCCGGAGAGCUUCAGCUGCGGCCCGCCGCCGCCGCAGCCACAUCCUCGUCGCAGUUCCGCCGCUGUUGCCGGCCCUGGUCCUAAAACAACCCGCGAGCUCACCGGCUUUCUCAACAACCACCACUACUUCCGCCCCAUCCCGCAGCCCGCCGCCGAUUUCCGCGGCCCCAUGUUCGCCCACCGAUGGAAUGACCGAGAUUCAAGCACUCCCAGCGGCGACGGAUCGGAUGAAGACGGAGACGAAGACGACGAAGAUGAACACGGAGCCGAAUGCCGUGUAGAUGUUGACAAUCACGACAGUAUUAGUAAAGUUAACAAUAACUGUAGCACCGACGACAGUGGAAAUCAAAAAGCAAAUGAUGUGCCCAAUUUCGGUUCUAAAGAAGGGAAUUUGAGUGGAAGCAGUGUGGACGAAGCCAGAAACGCAUUGGCAAUUGCAGAGACCAAUGGGGCAAUGUAUUACAUGCAGGGAUCAGGGUCGAAUUCGUGCCAGAAGGAUAUUAUGGUGGGUGAUAAAGGGUGUGGGUAUAGUGGGAGAAGAGAGAGUUCAUCAUAUUCAAGUGAUAUCGGGGAGUCGUUGAGAGCGAUCCUUUCUGAUCCCAUAUCAGGUGCACUUAUGGAUGAUGCAGUGAUAUUGCCUUGUGGGCAUUCCUUUGGUUCUGGAGGAGCUCAACAUGUAGUUAGAAUGAAAGCUUGCUAUAAUUGUGCACAACCAGUGUCUGAAGAAUCAAUAGCCCCAAAUCUAUCUCUCCAGGCUGCUGUCCAGGCAUUCCGUAGAGAAGAAGACUUCCAAGUUAACCGCCAAUCAAGAAGUCGAAAGGAAAAACAUGACCAGGAUAAGGGUACCUCUGGUGACUCAAUGCUCACCGACCAUCCAAGAGGAAGAGGAGUCCACUUUCCAUUUGCUGUGACAGACAGAGUCAUCAUAAAGGGUAACAAGCGCACACCUCUGCGUUUUGUUGGACGAGAAGCUGUAGUUACCACUCAAUGCUUGAAUGGAUGGUACGUGGUGAAGACACUGGACAAUGCAGAAAGUGUAAAACUACAGUAUCGUUCCCUCACGAAGGCAGCUCCAGACAAUUAUUCAUCACCACAGCCCAUCUCUUGCAGUAAGCCAUCAUCAAGCUGGCUAUAGUGUUCAGUUUGCAAGAUCUUCACUAACUCGGCUGCCUGUAAUUACUUUGAGUGAGAACAUAUAUACAAGCCUUCCUUUCUUGCUGUAAUCUAUCUCGUGUAUUUUUUUAGAUGUCAUUAAGUUAUAGAGGUUUCAGAUGUAUAUAUUAUAUUAGAAUUGAUAUAAUGCAAUGACAUGUACAGAUUGCUUAAGUCGGGG